GACUGCAGCUGGAUCCAGCCCUAACAUCUGCUCUGCUCACAGCCCCUCCCGGCCAUCCCUCAUGGUUCUGCCACCAGGAUCCGUGGUGCAGGCGCCCGGCGCCCGGCCCUGCUCCAGCACGGCUGUGUGUCCUUCUGCCAUGAGCCCAGCUCCCCAGCACUGCCAGAAGGGCUGCAGGAAGCCCCAGCAAGGGGAUUGGAAGCCCUCGAUGCCAUCUCGAGCCUGCGCUCCUCGUCGGACAGCCGGAGCCCCGGGGAUUUGGAGUCUGCCCAGCAUCCAUCCCUCACCUUUGAGACAGAGACCUCCUCCGACUGGGAGCCCCAGGACCUGGAUAUCGGCGCUGCCUGCAGCUCCCCGAGCUCCCCCAGGACCCUCUGCAAGGCAGUGGUGAAGGGGCUGAGGAACAACGAGCCCGUGCAGUGGGAGGUCACAUUUGAUAUCCAGGCUCUGUUCCAGGAGCGGGAGAGCCGGGAGGAGGGUGACACAGACCUGUGGAGUGAGACCUUCCACCACCUGGCAGCCAAGUCACUCAUCCAGGAUUUCGAGCAGCUCGCCGAGAGGGAGUGUGAAAUCGAGCAUGGGUCUGGGCGCCGGUUCCAGCUCAACGCUGUCCACACCAGCAAGGCCUGUAAUGUCAUCAGCAAGUACACAGCCUUCGUGCCUGUGGACCUGAGCACCAGCUCCUACCUGCCCACCCUGCUCCAGUACACACACACAGGGGCAACAUCCAAGCAGGGCAACCAGAGGAAACAGAAGAGUUCAGGGAACAGGAGGCAUCGUGGCUGUUCCCCUGGACGUCCUCAGUCAGCCUGUGGCCAGAAUGGAGACUACAGAUUUUACAGCAUGAAUGCUGAGGAGAGAAGCCCCUCACCCUCCAGCACCCCGUCCUCAUCUGCCUGGGAGCGCUGCCGUGGCCCUGAAGGGCCUCUCCACAGCCUGUCUGCUUCCUCUGCACAAGCCCAAAAAUCCAUCGAGAGGCUCUUUGCUGCCAGGCUGACCCUCAAUAAAACCAUGCUGCUGGUUCGAGCUGCCAAAGGCUUCAUGAGUAAAUCUCCGAGCAGAGGGAGCCAAGCCAGCUCUGAGGGUGACAAUGAGAGCAUGGACUACCUUCCCCUGGUGUCCCUGCAGCUGGCCUGUGGUGCCUUCCUCCUGAACUCAGCCUUCUGCGACGCCGUCAGCAUCCCCAUGGAGAAGCUGAAGUGGACAUCGCCCUUCGCCUGCCACCGCCUGUCCCUCAGCCCCUCCGGCUCCUGCAGCAGCAAGAGGAGCAAUUCCUCCUGGGAGCACAAACCCCUGAACUCCAGCCAGCAGCUGCUGCUCCCCAAGGGGCAGGGGAAGGGUCCCACGGCCGCAGACACUCGGGGAGCAGCGCUGGGGAGCACCGGCCGCCCUCGGCACUCAUCGGGCAGCGCGGCCGAGAGCAUCUCCAGAGCCCUGAGAGCCCAGAGGGAUCUGUCCCCUCCUGCCAUCACCAUCCGCAGCUUCUCCUCCCCCGCCGAGUGCCAGGCUGGCCCUGCCUGGGGCUGGGACACCGAGGGCUCCGAGCUGCAGGCUCUGCUCUGCGAGGCGCAGCUGCAGCAGCAGACGGAGCCCGAGGGGAUGCUCUGGGCCACGGCUGUGGCUCUGGCCUGGCUGGAGCACAGCUCAGCUUCCUACUUCAUCGAGUGGGAGCUGGUGGCUGCCAAAGCCAGCCUGUGGCUGAGCAGGCAGGACUUCCCGCAGGGAUCCAGCCUGGCCGCGGUGAAAGCCGCAGCCCAGCAGCUCUUUGUGCUGCUCCGGCACUGGGAUGAAAACCUGGAGUUCAACCUGCUGUGCUACAACCCAGGCAGUGUGUAACAGCAGGAGGAGGGUUGGGUGGGUUAGUGAGGGCACAGGAGCAGGGAUUUAUCCUUAAGGAAAUGUCUCCAAGGAGCUGAACUCCUCUGCUGCAGGGAUGUGUGUGUUUAUCAGAGCAAAGUCUGCAAACAGAGCAGCCUGGCCAAAAUCCUGCACUCAGCACUCGGGAUUUUGCCCUGGGAGGGAACCUUCCACUGCCUGCAGUAGAUGCUUUUUAUUUUCAACUGGAGCAGCACUUCCAGCUACAGCAGUUCCCUCUGAUCCUGGUUUCUUCUGGUCUCAGCCCAAUUUCCAGAGCAGAUCUUCUGCCCUGCUCCACUUGCUGUGUCCUUGCUUAGAUGCCUCUUCCCAGCCCUGAAUCACUGCCAAGCCCCCACUGCAGCCCCUCAGCCCAGGAUCUCUGCUUUCCUGAGGCUCCUGCCUGGCUCCUGCCAUCUCAGAUGGCUUUCAGAGAAAGCAAAGGUCUGACAAAACGCUCAUCUCGUGGAUCAAGGGGAAUCUGGGCUGGCAAUGACCACGUGAAGAGCAGCCCCUCUGUCACAGCCAGGUGGAUUGAGCCCAGCCACACACAAACAAACCGAGCCAGUUGGAGGCUGGGACCAAACCCCAUCACACCCACACGGUGCUGGGCUCCCUCAGGCCCUCUGCAAUCCCAGCAGGAGUUUGUGAGAUCCCUUGCAGCCAACGUGUGCCUUUGGAGCUUCACAGGCAGAGCCAGGGCGCCCGGGAUCGAGGGAUCAAGUGCCUACAGAGGGGCUGCCAUGCCCGUCCAGAACCCGCUGCCUUUCGCUCCCUCCCUUGGCAUUGUAGCAGCCUUGCCUGUCCCAGCAGGCUUCUGUCUCGUGUCUGUGUGUCUGGGGGUGACACAGGAGGGAAACCAGUGCU